AUGUGGCUCUUGGAGAAGGCCGGCUACAGGCCGGGGCCGCCGGGGCCUCCCGCGCCGCGAUGGGCGCCGUGCAGCCUGCUCCCUGCGCGCCGAGCCCCGGCGCCGCCCGCCCGCGCCUGUCCCAACGUCCUCACCCCCGACCGCAUCCCGCGGUUCUGCAUCCCGCCCCGGCUCCCGGACGCCGGCGGUGCCGAGCCCCCGGCCGGGCGCAGCCUCCCCGCGGCCUGCUCGCUGCCGCACCUGGCGGGCCGCGAGGGCUGCCCCUUCCUGCCCGAGAGCCCGCACACGCGCCGGCGCGAGUCGCUGUUCCACCCGCCGCCGCCGCGCCCCGCCCCCGCCGCCGCCAACGCCGCGCUCCCGCGGCUGCACGUGUCCGCCCCGGACCUGCGCCUCUGCCGCGCCCCGUCGCCCGAGCCGUGGCAGCCGCGCUCCCCGGGCGGGCCGCCGCUCUUCCACCCCGACGUCCUGUGCGGCCCGCUGCGGCCCGCCAAGGACAACGUGCUGCGCCUGGGGCCCCGCGGCGGGCAGCUGCGGCUCUCGGCCGAGUACCAGGCCGGGCCCGGGCGGCUGCGCCUGCGCCUGGUGAGCGCCGAGGGCCUGCCCAGGUCGCGGGCCGGGCCCGGCGGCGGCGGCGGCGGCUGCUGCGUGGUGCUGCGGCUGCGGCCGCGAGGCAGGCCCCGGGGCCAGCGGAGCCGCGUGGUCGGCUGCAGCGCCAACCCCAUCUUCAACGAAGACUUCUUCUUCGACGGGCUGGGCCCGCCCGACCUGGCCUCCCGCAGCCUGCGGGCCAAGGCUGGCUCCUCUUGUGGGCGCCCCACACCCAGAUCUGCAGCCCACUUUCUGCCCACUGGCCUGACUACACCAGGGAUGGAAGCCGCUCAUCCCUGGUACCUGCUGCAUGGGAGCGGCUCUCUAGCGCUGGUUCUCAGACUCGCACGGGCAUUAGAACACUCGGCACCAGCAAGCCUGUACCCCAUCCCCAAGAGCUGCUGAAGCUCCUUUAAUAGGUCGGGGGUUCUGGAGACCCGGAUCGAGUCCCACGUCGGCUCCCGGCCAUGGAGCCUGCUUCUCCCUCCUCCUGUGUCUCUGCCUCUCUCUCUCUCUCUCUCUCUCUCUCUGUCUAUCAUGAAUAAAUAAAUAAAUAAAUCUUUUUAAAAAAAUAGGUCGGGGGUAGGUAGGUCCUAGGGCUUGGUCUCAAAGGGCCUCCAACCCUUCAGGGAGCUCUCUAAUCACUGAGUCACUCCAGAAAAAGCUCAGUGACUGAAACCAACUUCCACCUCCCUCCGGGGAUGGGGGUGGGGGGAUGUCCUUGGGGCUUCACAGUGAAAAUCAGCAGUCCCCUGCUCAUCCACCUCCCCACUUGUACCCACAUCUCUCCUGAGGACAGAUGAAAUGUCUGUGUCUUGAAAGUGAGUCAGGAGAUGUCAGCUCACGAUGCUGAGUUGGGUGUCCUCUCUGUGCUACUCUCAUGGGUGAAGCUGCAGCCAAUACUCAGAGCAGCAUUUGAAGACCAAAUGAUAGAGAUAAAAUGUCCCAGGGAUUGAGGUGGGAGACGUCCUGAGUGUGAGAGUUGUUCUCAUCAAUGCCUGAAAAAGGCUGCCCCAGUGAGGAGGAGGAGGGUGGCAAAGGAGAUGGAUAAAUGUACGUCAGGAUGCGUUCACCUCCUACCUGAAGGUCCCUGAUGUCAGUAGUGAUCUUCUUCUCUCUCCCUCUCCACCUUCUUCAGAGUUGGUUCCUGUUGGCUCAGACCAGGCUUAGAGAACGGAAGGAGAGAGAGAGAGAGGGAAGGACGGAGGGAGGGAGUGAGGGAAGGACGGAGUAGGGGGAGAGAGGAGGAGGAAAGCCCUGCGUGGGCCAGCCCAACUUCUUUCCCCCUCUCGCUUGGGCCCUUUCUUAGUUUCCAUGGUGCCCUGAACCAGGGAUGAGCCUGCUGGAUCCUGAUAAACCCCAACAGGUGUAAUGUAACACAACAUACACUUACUUCCCUGUUCAGAUGGCUGGGAUGCCUUCUCCCUCCCCUGAUUGGGUACCCCCACCAGCCACCCCAGCCCAGGGCCAGGGCAACCUUGCUCCAGGUGUCCACCAGGUGGUAGCAUUGACCAAACAAUAAUAAGUGCUGACAACUACAAGGAUUAGCGCCCAGCAAUUUGUCAACUUCUUCUUCCCAGCAACUCCCAGGAGGGCUAAGUACUAUUGUUAUCCAAUGUGAUGUUGCAUUUCAUUCCUAUAGUGAGGAGUGAUGCUAAGAUUCGAACCCAGAGGGUCUAGCUCCAGAGUCUGGGCUUCUUUUUUUUAGAUUUUAUUUAUUGACUUGAGAGAGAGACAGAGACACAGACAGAGGGAGAAGCAGGCUCCCUGUGCUCCCUGUGGGGAGCCAGAUGCAGGACUCAAUGCCAGGACCCCGGGGUCAUGACCUGAGCCAAGGCAGAUGCUCAACCACUGAGCCACCCAGGAGUCCCCAGAGUCUGGGCUCUUAAUCUCCUCACUAUAAUAUCCCUAAAUGCCAGCUGCCACCUCUCAACCAGGUCAGUCUGGAAGGGGUCUCCUCCUUGCCUAGGAUGACAGCGCUGCCAUUUUUUCAGUCUGUGAAAUCACCCAUGGUUCUAGCCCUGUCCUCAAUACUAUCCUUCUACUUCAGCCCAAAUCCCCCCUUGCCCCCGUCACAACCUGGGGUGAGUAACUGGAUCUCAUGCCUAUUCGAAAGUCCCUGGAAAGAAAUGUAGAGGUCAUUUAACUUUCAUUCAUGCAUUCCCUACACAAGGUAGGGAGGCCCCACUGAGGUGCCAGGCAGUGAUCAAAACAGACACAGGGGGAUGCCUGGGUUGCUCAGUGGUUUGGCGCCUGCCUUUGGCCCAGGGCAUGAUCUUGGAGU